GCUCCUCUGGUAGGCUCCACAAUGGUACGGGCAGCAUCACGCUGCACAAUGGUUUCCAGGCAGUGAACGAGGGUGAUUCAGCAAGCCACUCUCCUCCUUCCUCUAAAAAACCUCCCCUUGCCUUUUUAUUUUAUUCUAUUUUUUUUCAUGGGGGCUGAGGGGUGCUUGUUAUAUGAUUGCCUUUUGCUUUCAUCUUUUCAUUUUGACAGAUUUCCUUUUUGCUUCUCACCCCUCAAUGCCCAGGGGCUGGAGUGACUUUGAGACCGGUUGUUCUUGGACAUCACCUGCCCAUCUUUAAUUUUAAACAUCCUCCCCCACCUCCAAAGGACCUGCUCCUGGUCACAGUCUGGAAUGUGGUUAAUGCAAAGCAAGUAGGGAGGAUUUUGGGGGGGCCGGCUGCCGGAGGAGGACCGGAGUUCUGAAGCGCGGAAUGGCUAGUAUGAGAAACACCACGGGCAGGAUCAUCUCAGAUCUUCGUUAUGGCAACUCAUGCAAGAAGCUGUUGAAUUAGAUCUAUUUCCUGUAGAUGAGAAACCAAGCAAGCAGUGGUAUUUAUGAGCCUCCAUUUAUUGUACUACUGCAGUGAGCCAGCCUUGGAUGUGAAAAUUGCCUUUUGUCAGGUGUGUGUUUCUUAAGGUAAAACAAGGGAUUUGAUAAACAAGUGGAUGUGUCAUAUAUUGCCAAACAUUACAACAUGAGCAAAAGCAAAGUUGACAACCAGUUCUACAGCGUGGAAGUAGGAGACUCAACCUUCACAGUUCUCAAGCGCUACCAGAACCUAAAGCCGAUUGGCUCUGGGGCUCAGGGAAUAGUUUGUGCUGCAUAUGAUGCUGUCCUUGACAGAAAUGUGGCCAUUAAGAAGCUCAGCAGACCCUUUCAGAACCAAACGCAUGCCAAGAGAGCUUACCGGGAACUGGUCCUCAUGAAGUGUGUGAAUCAUAAAAACAUUAUUAGUUUACUAAAUGUCUUCACACCCCAGAAAACGCUGGAGGAGUUCCAAGAUGUUUACUUAGUAAUGGAACUGAUGGAUGCCAACUUGUGUCAGGUGAUUCAGAUGGAAUUAGACCAUGAACGAAUGUCUUACCUUCUAUACCAAAUGUUGUGUGGCAUCAAGCACCUUCACUCUGCUGGAAUUAUUCACAGGGAUUUAAAACCAAGUAACAUUGUAGUCAAGUCUGAUUGUACAUUGAAAAUCCUCGACUUCGGACUGGCCAGGACCGCAGGCACGAGCUUCAUGAUGACUCCUUAUGUGGUGACACGUUAUUACAGAGCCCCUGAAGUCAUCCUGGGAAUGGGCUACAAGGAGAACGUGGAUAUAUGGUCUGUGGGAUGCAUUAUGGGAGAAAUGGUUCGCCACAAAAUCCUCUUUCCAGGAAGGGACUAUAUUGACCAGUGGAACAAAGUAAUUGAACAACUAGGAACACCAUGUCCAGAAUUCAUGAAGAAAUUGCAACCCACAGUAAGAAAUUAUGUGGAGAACCGGCCUAAGUAUGCAGGACUCACCUUUCCCAAGCUUUUCCCAGAUUCCCUCUUCCCAGCGGAUUCUGAGCACAAUAAACUCAAAGCCAGCCAAGCCAGGGACUUGUUGUCAAAGAUGCUCGUGAUUGACCCAGCCAAAAGGAUAUCAGUGGACGAAGCCUUACAGCAUCCCUACAUCAACGUCUGGUAUGACCCGGCCGAGGUGGAGGCGCCUCCACCUCAGAUAUAUGACAAACAGUUGGAUGAAAGAGAACACACCAUUGAAGAAUGGAAAGAACUUAUCUAUAAAGAAGUAAUGAAUUCAGAAGAAAAGACUAAAAAUGGUGUCGUAAAAGGACAACCUUCUCCUUCAGGUGCAGCAGUGAACAGCAGUGAGAGUCUUCCUCCGUCCUCGUCCGUCAACGACAUCUCCUCCAUGUCCACUGACCAGACCCUGGCGUCCGACACUGACAGCAGCCUGGAAGCUUCGGCGGGACCCCUGGGUUGUUGCAGGUGACUAGCCGCCUGCCUGCGAAACCCAGCGUUCUUCAGCAGAUGACAGGAUGGAACACACACACCCGCACACACAGACCCGCACACACACAAACGCAGACACGCAAUGGCGAGAACACAGCAAGGGGGGGAACCCAAGCCCAAAUUGAAACAAACCUUUCAGCUUGCUUCUUCUCCAGAGCGCUCUAUUGCAGCUAAGCCAGAUGCGUAUUUAACUCCUAGUUGCUCUUGCUUCGAUCUUCUUCCAAUGAUGCUUACUACCGAAAGCAAAUCAAACACAAUUAGGGAAGCCUUUAUUUCCAUAAAGUGUAAUUUCAAUGGCUGCGAAACCAGCGACCUGUAACUGCCCUCUCAAAUGGCAUGACAAGGUGUGCAGUGGCCCCAUCCAGCAUGUGUGUGUCUCUAUCUUGCAUCUACCUGCUCCUUUCGGCCUAGUCAGAUGGAUGUAGAUACAGAUCCGCAUGUGUCUGUAUUCAGACAGCACUGCUUACUUAGAGAUGCUACUGUCAGUGUCCUCAGGGCUCUACCGAGACAUCACGCACUGGGGUACCACAUGGUCCAUUUCAUAUGAUCUAUUACUCUGACAUAACACCCAUCUGUAAUAUAUUGCCAGUAUAUAAGCUGUUUAGUUUGUUAAUUGAUUAAGCUGUAUGUCUUAUAAGAAAACAUGUAAAGGGGGGAGACGUGGGGGGGGGGGGAGGAGCGAGCUCUCUUGAACCCUUGAAGAUGUAGCUUCCAAAUUUGAACUGAUUAAAUGGCACCUGUAUACCAA